AGGGAAAGGAGGAGGCAGGAGGAGGAGGAGGAGGAGAAGAAGAAAGCUACAACAUGGCGGUUGCAUCCAUUCCUGAGAUCUGGGAACUGUAAGAAGCGAAGCCCCAGGAGCUGGAGCAGCUUGGACUGUGCCAGGUCCUGGUUUCGGGGUGCCAGCCCCUCAGCCUUCCCUGCCCGCCCCAGUGGAAGUGGGCCGUAUCCCCACCGCGGUGCACAGCCAUGGGGGUGCAAGGCUUCCAAGAGUUCGUGGAAAAGCGUUGCCCAGGGGCAGUGGUGCCCGUGGACCUCCUGAAACUAGCACGGGCUGUAGGGGGCCGUGGAGGCGGGGGCCCUGCCUACUGUACCACCUUCCACCCACCAGCUGGCUAUCCCCAUCCUGCCGGGGCUGCGCCGGGGCUGGCACCCAUGGUUGGUGGCUACCCACACUCCCAACAUGCAGGGGGGUUGGCACCCCCAGCGCCAUGCCCAGCUCGGCUUCUGGUGGAUGCUGAUUCUGCUUUGCAGCGUCUGUACGGUGGCUACCAGACAGACUGGGUGUGUGGGGGCCAGUGGAAUGCCAUGGUGGGCUACCUGGCUGCCCUUUCACAGGCUUGCCUCUACCAAGGUGGCCUGGAGUUAGCUGUCAUCUUCAAUGGAGGGCUUGGAAAGGAGAGGCUGCCAGAGUGGGCCAGGAAAGCCCAGGCUGAGAGACAGACAGCUCAGCUAAUUGCAGGGCAUGUGGGCAACAAAGGUACCCCGCCACCCCGAGCCUGGUUUCUUCCACCUGCCUGCUUGGGGCAUUGUGUACGUCUGGCCAUGAUUCGAUUCCGGGUUAAGGUGUUCCAGAGCCUGGAGGAUCAUCAUCAGGAAGUAGUGUCUUUCUUUCGGGAGAAUGGCUUUCAUGGACUUAUUGCCCAUGACUCGGAAUAUGCUCUCUGCAACAUCCCCUCCUACUAUAGUUCCCAUGCCCUGAAGCUGAGCUGGAAUGGCAAAAACCUCACCACUAACCAGUUCCUCAUGCAAGAGGUGGCCAAGCAGCUGGGUCUCAAGCUGAGCAGUUUUCCUAUAUUUGCUGCCUUGCUGGGGAACCACAUUCUUCCAGAUGAGGACUUGGCUGCCUUCCAUUGGAGUCUUCUUGGACCGGACCACCCGCUCGCUUCACUUAAGGUGCGUGCUCACCAGUUGGUCCUCCCGCCCUGUGAUGUGGUCAUCAAGGCUGUAUCUGAAUAUGUCGGUGCCAUCAAAAGUCCCUCUGGCUUGGAUGUAAUAGGGAGAGAUGUCUUCAAACACUCCCAGUCCAGGACUGAAGAUAAAAUAGAACGCUUCAAGAAAGCAGUAGAAUAUUAUUCAGUGGCCAUGAAAGCACCUCCUACACCAGCCGGCCAGUCCCCGUAUGUUCUCCCAGCAUUUGGGCCUAACCACUUUGGAGGAGCACAACCUCUGAAUCGCAAUCCAAUGAUAUCACUUCCUUCUGGGAAGGCUAUGUUUGCACCCCAAAUGGGGCCAAAGAUGCAGUACCAGCCACCUGCUCCACAUGGUGGCAUUGCUGCCUCCUCAUCUUUCCUUCCGGGUCCUGGUUCCAGUUUUCUCUUCUCACCUCAUGGCUUGGCGGAUGCAAUGCCCUUCCAUGAAGAUCCUGCCUUGAAGGCUGGUCACUUCAACAACUGGCCUGUAUCAUAUGAUAAUUGUCCUGCCAAGUUUCCUAACCAUCACCUGGGUUCCAAACCUUCCCCGUCAUCUGGGCCUGGAUCUUCACCCUCUUCUUCUUCUGAUGGAGAAGAGCACAAUGGAGCCAAUUCCAACCACGUUUCUGAAACUGUUUCUCGCAAGUCUGGCUGGGAGGAUCCUGCAGGUGAAAAGAUAAUGAAUCAAGGCUGGGGACAAUCACCUGGAAACACUGGCAACUCAGAAAGGACCUUGAGUGGAUCUGAAGCCCACAUACCUUCAUUGCUCUCUAUGGCAACGCGCAACCACAUGGACAUAACCACCCCGCCUUUGCCUCCUAUUGCUCCAGAAGUACUUCGAGUGGCUGAACAUAGGCAUCGGCGGGGGCUUAUGUACCCUUUCAUCUACCAUGUCCUUACCAAGGGUGAGAUCAAAAUCCCUGUGUGCAUUGAAGAUGAAUGUAACACUGAACUGCCACCAGCUGUUGUCCUUUUUCGGGCCUCACGGCAGUAUGUAUACGGUGUCCUCUUCAGUGUGGCGGAGACACAACGGCGGAUGGAACGCCUGGCUGUGCGCAAGCGCAUUCCUGUGGAAACACAUCCUGUUAUCGUCAAGGAAUGGUCAGCGUACAAAGGGAAAUCACCCCAGACUCCAGAGUUGGUCUCAGCUCUUGCUUUUCGCGAGUGGACCUGUCCCAACCUCAAGAAGCUCUGGUUGGGCAAAGCGGUGGAAGACAAGAACCGGCGUAUGAGAGCAUUUUUGGCUUGUAUGAAAUCAGACACCCCCGGCAUGCUCAACCCUGCCAAUGUACCGACACACCUACUGCUCAUGUGUUGUGUAUUACGAUACAUGAUACAGUGGCCUGGAGGCCGGAUCCUCCACAGACAUGAAUUGGAUGCUUUCUUGGCCCAGGCUGUGUCUGCUCAGCUAUAUGAACCAGAUCAGCUUCAAGAAUUGAAGAUUGAGAAACUGGAUCCCCGAGGAGUUCAGUUGGCUGCUCUGUUUAUGAGUGGAGUGGACACGGCCCUCUUUGCCAAUGAUGCUUGUGGGCAACCUGUGCCCUGGGAGCAUUGCUGCCCAUGGAUCUACUUCGAUGGGAAACUCUUUCAAAGCAAACUGAUUAAAGCUGCACGAGAGAAGGCACCUCUGAUAGACCUCUGCGAUGGCCAGACCGAGCAGGUGUCUAAAGUAGAGAAGAUGAGGCAGAGUAUUCUGGAAGGCAUCAACCUCAACCGCCAGGCUCCUCCACCUCUUCUCCCACCUCCACCCUUUGUGCCCUCUAUGGCAGCACCUUUUUAUCCAGUGCCUCUUUACCCUCGCACUAUUGGAUCAAUGCCACAAGCAGCCCCUGGGAGGACUAGAGGCUUCACAGGACUCCAUCCAAUCCCACCACAAGGAGGCAAAUUGGAAAUUGCUGGGAUGGUGGUGGGGCAGUGGGCUGGGAGCAAACCUUCUCGGGGGCAGGGCUCCUUUGGCAUGCAGGUGGUGUCAGUUGGAGGCCCAGGGAAAGGCCGUGGCCGUGAUUGCUCUGGAAAAAUCCCCAAAGGAAACAAGAAAGUAAACAAGCAAAGCUUGACCGACGGAACUGCAAAGACGUCCGAGUUCGGUAGCAACGGCGGCAGCAGCUGCAGCCGACCCCAGUCCCAGUUUAAUGGGGAUGGAGGCCCCCCCUCCAGAGCCAACGAAGAUCCCACUGUUGGAGCAUGCCCUUCAGCCGCAUCACCUUGUGCCUUAGCAAGAGACACUGACUCAUGCAAUAACAAAAGCCCCUUUUUCGGGACGCUGGGUGGGGACUCUGAACGAUGCCCAGAGAACAAGCUUCCCUUCCCAGCUCUUCAGAAAGAGGAGUGAAUAGAUGCCGCUGUGGGUCCAAUUGGCUGGCAAAUGGGGGGGUGGGGUGAGGUGGGAUGACAAGAUUUUGACCUGCCAAGAAUAGAAUGGGGAAAUUCAGCCCUUCAACACAUUGGUUAGAAUGUAAAUGCAAUCAAGUGCUGGAAUGGAAUUAUUAGCUAGGCAGGGCAGGGACAGGAAGAUUGCUGUCUUGAAUGCUCACAUUACAACAUUGGGCUAAUUAAUCGAAUUGCUCCACUACAGCAGAUAUUAUAAUAUUGUGAGGUCAAACAGCCUGCUGGGACUCUUGCCCCUGCUUUGGAGAAUGACAUCAGCUUUUUUGCAUUCCGGCCCCUCAAAUUUGCCACUGUGCCAAUCGGAUCCAUAAAGGCGGCAAUUUUUUAAGUUUAUUUGAAUUUAUUUUUGUUUUUUAAUUUUAUAGGGGGAAGACUUUUUAGGGGGCAAGAAUUAUGAAUUCUGGAUUUUGGGAAGGGGGAUAUUUUUAAAGGAAGAAAAAGCCAGGAAGGUUUUACUUUAAAAUGGGGCAGAUUUUUCCUGCCUGCCUUGUUUAAUUUCUUGCCAACUCCCCCACCAUCAGGCCAAAUAGCAGUAUUGCUUUGAGGGAUGGUGAUGUUGGUAUGAAUUAAGGGGUGUGUAUGAGAGACAAUGAUUUUUAAGAGAGAAAGAGUAGUACCACCACUGCAAAUUAUACACAAGAUGCAUAUAGCAGUUGGUGUGUGCUUUUUAUUAUAUAUGAAAGAGAGAGAGAGAGAUUAUAUUUAUAUAUAACAUGAAUAGAGCUAUAUAUAAAUAUGAAUGCUACAAACCCGGAAGGGGUAAAAAUGUUCCCGGGAGACAACUUGCGUUCCAAAGCGCUACGUGUUUAAUGAAUUAAAGGUCUGCUUCGCCAGUUGCCAGCAAUUGGGUCCUAUCCUCAGGUUGCGGCAGUAGAUGAGGCAGGCCUCCUGAUACCAGACAGAACACUUCUUAUCCUUAAACAGACAAGCACUUACUGUUACAAUUCCAGGACUGUGAGCAAAUGACUGAAGAUAGCUGGGGCUGUAAAGAUGUGGGGUGGAUAGCCAUCCAAAUGGGGAAGUCAUGGGGUGAGGCUGCAGAGAUAUCAAUCCUAUCCAGAAACUGGGGGGGAGGGGGGGAUGAUGGGAUUCUAGCUCUUGUCAUUAACAGGGUGACAUUGGGUGUGUGGUGGGGGGGUUGACUGCAGUUGCUCAGCUGGCGAUUCUUUAUUCUCUUCCAAGGGAAUCCUACAAGUUCAAUACAAGAUCUGGAAUCUAGGAUGAAUCGGGCCUUUUAGAAAUCACCCUGCCCACCCCCAGGCUUCGCACAAUCUGCUAUCAAUUAUUAUGCUGAUAAUGGGAAAAAUUUUCAAAGACUUUCUGAAAACAGUUGGUCGAGGUUUUCAGUAGUGUAGCUAAACUCCAUUAUAUACACAAGUUUCUCUCCAAUUACCCUAUCCUUUGGGGCUGUCUGAUUUGAAUUGCACCUAUCCUUGCAGAUGAUCUUGUAGAAUCUGAAAGCCUUGAAUUUUGGAAACUUGGUAAAUCCAUUAGAAAUGUGUACUGAAGCAGAUUUCAAAUGCAGAAUAUUUAUAUAGAGCAGGCAGUUCAAAGUUUUUUUAAAAAAUCACAUAAUUUGGGGUAGGAAAUAGAACAGGCUGACCAUUCUGUUGGAAAGAAUUUUUAAACCAGUUUUCCAGCUGCAAACAUACAUGCACUUCUGCAGCGCAUGUUUCUAGUUUCUUACAACUUCUAUGGCACGUACCUCAGAUGACUUGAAUAAUCUAAAAUGUGUUUUGAUUUUUAAUUUGUCUUCUGCUAUCAGUAUCCAGUAGGCUGAAUGUUUCCCUAUCCAGCAGAGGGCACAUGAUUAAACCCACUGCCUGGAACAAUGGCUGGUUCCACUUCAAACCAAAAUCAGAAAAGUAUUCUUAAGAGUGCAAAGUAAUUAUAUGAAAUUAAUUGCCACAAGAUAAAUGUUGGUAGCUACCACCAUAGACCCUUUAGUGAGUGAUUCGAUAUAUUAUUGGGCAACAAGUCUUGAUAACUAAAUUGAAUUUAUACGUUCAUAAGAAAUAUUUUCUUAAAUUUCAAUUACUGCAGAAGAAAAAUAGGAUUGUGUUAAAAAGUGAGGGAGGGUAUUAUCCAGAUUUUUAACAUGUAUUUGCCUUACUUUCUGCAAAUUUAUAAAAGGGUAGUUAAAAUGGGUUUAAAACCUGAAACAGGGCAGGGUAUCUUAUUUCUACUGCUGGCUCCAUUCCCUUGAGUAAGUUAUUCAUCUACCAGAAUUCAAAGUAGGAAGCCCUGAUCUUCCUCUUCCCAGUUUAGCUGCUCAUCAAAAGAUUUGAACUGUUUGCUUCAGACAAUUUUUGGAAUCUAUCUGUAACCAGUUGGCUAUUUUUGCUCUGCAGCUGUUGACACAAACUUAUUGAGAUGGGAAAUUUCUUAUAUUGCUCUAAGAGCAGGACCUUUGGAAAUGAUCCAUGGUUGCCAGAAGGGAGGUAGCACCUGAAAAAGUUUAUCCCUUAUAGGCAGGAACUUGACAACAGCCAAAGGAAAGAGUUGCUUUCACCUUUGGGGAAAUAGCUAGAGCAUUCUAAAGGGUGGGAGAGCAUUUUUGUUUGAAAACUAUCGUAGUUGUAGCUGGGUAAUAUGGGAAGUAGACUCUAUUUUAGAAAACAAAGAGCUGCUAUUUAAAGUAGUUUGUGAUACAGAGUUUAAGUAUUAAGAAUAACUUGAUUUUUUAAAAGUAUUUCUGGUAGGUAAAUUUUGGAAAAAUCAGAUUUUUUUAAAUAGUCAAAGCAGCACGCUUUUCAGCUGCAAAAACUAGUAAUUCUGAUUGGGUUGACAUUCUAAACGUUGAAAAGAGAAAGUUUUUGUUCUGCUGGAUAAAUUGUGAAGAACUGGCAAAUUGAUGUCUUUCGUGUUCUGAAGUACUUGCUGGAGAGUUAACCAAGAGAAUCAUCUUGUUUAAAGAUAGCAGUACUACUGAGAAUCAUACAUUUGGAGAGCAUCUUACAAGCUUUCCCCCCCAAAAAAACAAAAAUAAAAUCUUCUUUUCCUUUUUUAAAAAAAUAUUUAUUUGCAGAAUUAAUGGAACUAGUAAUCAAGUCUUUUAAAAUCUUGUUUGUUUUGUUUCUAACCUUUGCUGAUCAUUUAAAGCUAGUUGUCCAAUGCAAAAAUUGCCUUGAAGAAUCAAGCCAACUUUCAUUCUGGAACGACUUGCAUUCUAUCAGUGGAUUUCAUUGAGUACUAAUAAUCUAGAUUGCCUGGAUAAUUUUUUUAUAUUUGUGGGAUUUAUUUUUUUAAUCACAGUUAUCCCUCUAUUUCUCUUGGUUCUUUCAUAUUGCAUCCUGGUGCAGCCCCUAAAUAACAUUUUAAAUGUUUAACUUUCUUUUGCAAGAAAGGCCAAAUAAAACCCAGUUCUCCAGUAAAGCAAAAUGAAUAAAUAAAUAAAUCCCAAUAUACAAUUUAGAAUACAGUUCUUUUAGUCUUGGUAUCUAGGUAGCACCCUAUAUCUCGAGUUAUAAUAGCAGAUAUUAAUCUGCUAUGAACUUCCAGCAUUGGGUAUUGGAUGUCAUUUGCAGGGGAGAUAUAUGUCUACUUCUUGCAUGGAAGAUCCAGCAUAAAUUAACAACUAUAUUUGCAGCUAUUAUCUUUCGCUAAAUGUGGAAUCCAGGUCUGAAUUUUUCUACAAUGGCCUUAAGAUUCAUGCUUUUGUUUCUUUGUUAUGAUAGCAGAACAAGGCAGAAGUUUAAAUCACACAUCAAAGAAGAUUGGAGGAAUCUGCUUUUUCUGGUGAUAUCCUAGCCCCAGUCUCAGUUGAAACAAUUAAUUUGAAGAGACUGUGGCUCUCCAUUGUGAAAUGUGCUCUAAUCUGGGCCUAACAAGGAAGUAGGAUCCUAUUCACAGGAUGAAGGAUGGGAAAGAUAAAGACUUUCAUUUAACCGACACAUUUCCUGAUGCAGGUUGUUUAACUGAUUGAUUUGGAAUGGGAUUCCCAAGUGAACUUUGACAUCUUCCUUUGUGUCAACUUUAGUUUGACAGUAUUCAUAGAGGCAAGAUUCUGUCCUAAGGGCAGCAGAAAUGUCAGUGCAGCCAAAUCUUUGCCAGUUCUGAUGUCUAAUCUCAGAGCUACAGAUCUGCUUGCUUAUGUUAGUCAAUUAUGGAGGUUUGUAAUGGAUAAUAUAAUUUUCUACAGUAUUUCACAGUUUAGGGGCAGAUAAGGCUGCCUCAGUUUGCUGUUAUUUUCAUUUUCUAAAACUAUUUCCAGUGCUUCAGAAGAGGGAGCUCUCGAGAAUGGGAUCAGAGUUUGACCAUAUUGCUAAGGUUUAAAAAAAAAAAACAUUCUGGUCCAAUCCCCAUUACUGAAGCCCUGUAGAAUUCAUGUGGUUUUAUGAUCUGUUUGGGUUGCAGAAAUUAAUGAGUCUCAGGUGUAAACUAGUUCAUUUUGCAAGUAAUAGAAAAAUAUCAGAGUUCUGUACUGUGUUUCUAUGGGAGUGUGGAAUGUGGGACUGAAUAUAUAAAAGUCAUUUUGAUUUUUUUAAAAAAAAACCUAAUUGUUCAUAUUAGCAAAGAUAUUCUAUAAAAAUGUAGGGGCCUGGGUGAAAUUUCAGAUCUUGAAAAUGAUGCCUAAAUUUAAUUUGAUACAUAUUUUUUUUUAACAUUUUAGAAAAUGGUUGUGGAGAUAUGCAUUUGAUCAUUUUAUAUCCAUGACAAAAUUCAAUGUUUGAAGAUUAAAUUUUACUUAGUUUUGAUCUGGAGUAUGCGGAUUUAAGCCAAGCUCUAGUAGAAAAUGAGGUUUGAAAUAAUGUUAUUCAAUUUCCCUUGAUAAACAUCCUGGAUAAUUUUUUUAAACAGGUAGAUGAUUGAGGCAUGAUUUUGUUUUGAGUUGCUUACUGUCUGCUGAUCCAAAACAAUGGAAGGUAUCAUGCAGCUUUAAAUUACUCAAUUAAAAUGCAAAGUGCUUCCCUAGGGGCUGUAAGAGGGAUAAUGAAAACAUGCAGUUCAAAGUCCAGUGUUGUAUCAGAGCCAAAGAGAUGGAUAAAAUUACUGAUUUUGUUUCUCCCUUCUGGAUCCAAAGAAUCACCCCUUUCUCCAUUGAUACAUUUAGAUUUCUGAAUGUAUUUUUAUUUUCACAUCAGUUGGUCAAGCCAUCUUUUACUUGCAUUAGUUAAUGCUUUCACUUACAUGACCUUUCUUAAAAAGCGUCUCUGAUUCGAUGCGAUUGCUCCACGGAAUGAGAGCCAGAUGACAUGGCCUUCUUAAGUCCACAGUAAAAAGAAUAAUUUGGCAAAUGUUUUUUAAGCAACAGUGGAUUUGCAUAUGUUGUUGCAAAAAUUUACUGUUUUAAUUACUGCAGUUUCCCAAAUCAGGUCAGCCUGAUAUGGUUCCUGUCUACAGACCUAAAAUAGGAAUAUUAUUUUACGAUGAAGUCAUUCAAACUGGAGAAAGGUUUCUUUGAGAGAAUUAAAGACGUUUGGAAGGGUUCCUCCCCAGCCUAAGUUUUAGGAUAGAGCUGAUUAAUAUCAUUUGGGGUUUUAUUUUUGCAGAAUGAGAGUUCUUCUCCUAGGGACCCUCUUUUCUUUUGAUCAGAAUAUCCUGCCCCAGUCCAUUGGCUAGGAAAUUGGGAGAUCUGAAGUCCAACACAUGUCUGGGGAGGGAACCAGAUUGAAAAAGGUUGGAUUAGAAUUACAGCAUUGGGUUGUGCUUUGAAAAACAACAGAUAAAGAUUUUCAUAUUGUUAUUGUCUUUAUUUGGGGGCAAAAGAAUGCAAAUUCCCUAUCUUUCCCUAAACUAGUAAAUAAAUGUAUUUACAGUAGUUACUAAAAUUUUUGAGGGAUCAGAAAUCAAAUGUUAAUACAGGUUACACUGUGCCUUAAAUAGUAAUGUUAAAAUUAAUUUGAACUGAAACUGAAAUGACAAACUUUCAAACUGGUGUUUUUAAAGAACAGUUUCUAACACUGAGGUCCUCUUGUAAAAUCAAAAAUCUAAAGUAUUGCUUUGGAGUUGAGGGUUCAGAUUUCAAAGAUGCUAAAUAUAUAGCCCUCAAACCCUUGUAUCCGAAUUUCAAAAUCUGGAAGUGUUUCAUUUCAAAUAUGCAGGUGAUGUUUACCACUGCUGAUCGUUUAGUAAAAAAAUAGGUAUUGUAAGUUUAGCCUGUUUGUGAUCCUAGAGAAGUAUGUGAGUAAAAAUCUGAAUAUACAAAGAAGCAUCUAUUUUUCCUAUCCUUGCACUUCUAGAAAGCUGGAAACUUAGUGCAAGAUAACCUGUGAAACCUAAUAGUCAUGAUAGAUAAUACGGAAGUUUUAUGAAAUAAAAGGAAUAUUUUUUUUGUAUCUGUGAAAAAAACUGUAUGGCUCACUGGAAACAAAAUGAUUGCAAUUAAUUGCAAAUGUCCAGUUUAUUGAGGUUGAUUUCUAGGGAAAUAUUGCAACUAACUGACCCAAAGGUUUUCUCAAGUAUUUGUGAAACUAAGCCAUUCUUUUUCAUUUCUGUAACCCUUAUUCCUGGUAUCCCCCAUUUUGAUGCCUUCCAUUUGAGAUGGACUUAACUCCCAUAAUCCUUAGAGUUUAUGGAAAUUGAACUUCAGUAGUUUUGGAGACUUCCUUGCCAUGGAAUCCUGGUCUAGAUUCCCUCUAGAACUGGGUCUUUGUGUGGUAUAGAUUGUCAAGUAUAUAUCCCAGUGAAUUAAGGCCCAUUUAUUCCACCUAUGUUGUCAUGUUUAUUGUCAUCAAUUGCUGAGUUAGCAUAUUGUGAUGUUGACAAUUCAUUGAAGUAAUCCGAUUCUUCCCUACCCGUCAUCCAGUGAAUCUUAAAAUACCAAUGUGACAAAGUUUUUCUGAGUUCAGACUGCAUCCUUUAAAAUAUAGGAAGACAUCUUUUAGGGUAGAAAUACAAAAUUAAUCUUUUUAAGCUUGCUGUAUUCGGUUGCAGUUCUGAACUUCUAAAGCAUAUUUCCUGGAGUCCAACAACCUUUGUAAGGAUUUGACCCAUCAAAUCAUAGACAUGGGAUUUUAGCAUGCUUCCUUCAUAAGCUUGUCACCAGGGAGGGAGGGAGGGAAAGUUUAAAACCAACCUGUUGACCAAGAUUACUUGCCUUUCUCUUAGGAGUCAUUCAUCCCAUUCUGAGGCAGUACUGAAAAUUGCGACUGUGGCUAGCAAUUCCUAAGAUUUGCUACCAGUUAGCUUGGCUGGAACUCUUUAAGAAAAUGGAAUAUUCCAAAUAUACUUUCAAUAUAAUAUAUACUUGAAAAGACUAGGGAGCCUUUUCCGGGAGGGACAGCUUUUAACUUUUCCUGGUGUGGUUUAGAAUUACACUUUUUCUUGGAUUCAGAAUCAAACAAGUGAACCCUUGGGUCCCUGGGGGAAAGUGACAAACAAACAUUACAACAGGGACAUGAUUCUUGUGGAGGGGAAUGGGGGUGUCCCAAUCCACAAUUAUACAUAGAUACACUUGAGCCUGUGAAGAGGACACAGUGCCACUAACUAGCCAUUUGGGCCAGAGAACCACCAUUUCCCCCCCAUCACUCAACUUCAAAUGUAACUUAGUGCAAACCUUAACUCUAGUUACUUGGAUGAAAAGCCCCAUUGUACUAUGGUCUCUUCUUCUAAGUAAGCAUGGUUAAGAUUAGGCCACAGAAGUCCUACACAAACUACAAUGUGUUCUUUUUUAUUUUUAAUGUAGUUAGCAGAAUUUUACUACCAAGGUUGAAUCAUUAUAGUAGCUAACUUACAACAUGUACUUUGCUAAAUAUGCAUGUACUUCUAUUUUUAAUUUUUUAUUCUUCCCAUUCUCUCCCCUCCCAAAAACCUCUUCUGCUUUUUGGUUUUACCUGUGCUAUUUCUGUUUUGAAGUCCACCUUUAAUGUUUAAAGGAAACCUAAUGAACACACCUGUUACGAAUCUUACCAUUUUUAACUGCUAUUUACUGGUCAUUGCUUAAAGUCAGACGCUGUUGCUCAUUUUCUAGUUAUUUUUCAGAUUAGAUUUUUGUCCUCAAUUUUGAAAAAUCAACCCUUUCUUCCCACAAGCACCAUAUCUGUCUAUAAUAUUACCCUUUCAGAUGGGAUGUACACCUUUUCUGAUUAUAACCAUUGCUCUUGUAUUUUGGUAGAUGCUUUGUUGAUAGUAACUAAAUGCCUAGUGAGAUUUUUAAAAGUAAAAACAAACUCAGUUGUUAUUUUAAGCCAGUCUUUUCCCUCAUACUUUCCUUGAGUAACCUUGACAUUGCAUUUUUACCAGAUAUAUAUCUCUCCACAAUUGCCUUUUCAAAAUGUUUAGCCUAAGAUUUUAGCUUAACAAAAUACAAAUCAAUAAUUUUGCUGAACAGAGUAAAUCUGAUUUUUCUUGUUAGUGAUCCCGUCAAUUGCAAGUUUCAUGCUUUAUUUAUAUGGGAAGUUAAUGAUCAAUACAUUAUUCCCUUCUACCUUUUAAAAAUAUUUCUUUUUAUGCUAAUUAACACCUGUUCUUAGUGGAUGGAUAAAUGUUAUCUUUACUGUCCCCACCCCAAUCUUGAUAAUCAAAUACCCAUCUCCCCAAUCCUUGCACCCCACAACAUACUCCAUAGGUUGUUGGGUUUUUUAAUCAGUGUAAGUUUGGACAGGUUGCUCUAAAUCAGGGGAAAUUUGCAGUAGGUUUGUGAUCAGAAAGCUUGGGUGUCUUUUGGGAAUGUUUUUUUGCUGGUGGAAUCUUGGUGCGCUGUUCAUCUGUUGAUGAUGGAGAAAGACUUACAGUGCUUAAUAAAGUCUAUUCUUUUAGUAAAGAAAAA